GUAUUUGAUUGAUGCGAUGUGAUGCAGUUCAAUUGAGCGAUGCGGCACCCGACACCAUGGUGGGUGAGGCCCCACAUAGUGCUGUGCGACUAGGAGCAUAGUGCCAAAAGCCCUCCUUGUUUACUCAGACCCAUAAACCAUCGACUAGCCGUCAAAGCCGAACUUUCAUCCCUUCCACACUCAACAACAGCCCUACAAUUACAUAGCCUAGAAUCCUGCCCGACUCCUUAUGGCUGACAGACACGCCACCUCCUCCAGGAUCCAGUCGCCCGGUGUUUCCAAAGCUCGCAGCGGGAUAGCAUCCACAUCUCACAAUGUGCGCCGCAAUCUCUUUCAGAGCCAGAUCACGCGUCGUCCGCCAGCCGGCUCGUCGAUGCCAUCUGGGGAGCUGCAUUUGGAUGACGAUGUGCACGAAGAGCACCACCACCAUAGCCAAUUCCAAUCCCAGCCUGAGACAGCAUUUCCCCAGGAUGACGACAUCGUAGUGCGCAACGACAACGGCGAGAUUGAGAUGGGCGACCCACCAACACCGACCAUCGGCGACCCCGAGGACCUGGAGGCGCAACACGAGAACGAGUUGGAGAGGCAGCGCCUGGCCGACGCGGUGAAGCAACAUCGGAUUGACCAGCACAGUGUUCCUUCGCAACCUGAAGAGCUCCUCGAAGCUGUCAAGGCAAGCCUGAGGGCCAAGGUCGCCGCCCUAGGAGAUGAUAAUUGGCUGUAUGAGCCGGAGCUACCACAGCGCCACCAGUGACGGGCGUUCCUGCCGAAGUCUCUAGUCAUUGAAUCUCAAUUCGAAUGCGCAAUGCUCCUGAAAAGUAGAACACUCAGUCCAACCCCUCGGCAGCGGGCGCCUCCACCCGGCGAGCCGCUGGCCUACUUUGCCCCCCACCAGGCGCG